CUCAUCUGUCUGAAAAAGCAGGGGCUAUUUUUGUUGCAAGUAUUGAGCAGACUGAGCGCUGAGGAAGACUCAGAAUUAUCAUCCAUAGAAGUUAAAUAAAAUCAUCAUCUAUUGAGCAUUGGGCAUUAAGGAAGAGUGAGAAUUGGAGUUAAAUAAAAUGAUGAGAAUGUCAAUGGAAUCGAUGGGAAAAUGGAGGAAGUUUUUUGAAGGCGCAGAGGCUGAUAUUUGCACUCUCAUUGAACGUGCAAUCUUGGUUGCAGCAUUCGAUUGCCCUCAUCAAUUUAAGGAGAGGAGAGACAAGAUUAUGGAGAAGCUUUACACAUCUACAUCCCACUCUCAACAUCAACAUAAAAGUAGCUGGAGAGAGGUUGCAAAUGAAGAGAUAAAAUCUACUGGAAAUGUUGUUACAGCUGCAAUAGCAGGCACAUCUACAAUGCAAGAAAUGGCUGAAACAAAAAUGGAUGCCAAUAACUGUAGCAAGCAAAACAUUGCAGCAGAAAACACAAGAAAUGGGGUGUUGAAAAUGGAUGGUGAAAACCAUUCAGAUAGAGAGCGUCAAUGUUAUAAAUACAAGGUUUUUAGAAUUGGUCCUACUCCAGGGAGACUGAAAAUUGUAAGACAGCGACAUAUGUCCUAUGAAGAGAAUUUGCAUGACAAGUUGGAUUUCAAGCCUAGCUCUCUUCCUUCCCAACAUAAAUUGAACUCUCCUGAUGAGAAAUCUGUAGAAGAGAAGAUAGAAGCAUCAAAGAAAAGGCUUCGAGAAGGGUACCAACGAGCAGAAAAGAAUUUGCAUGACAAGUUGGAUUCCAAGCCUAACUGCUCUCUUCCUUUCCAAACUAAAUUGAAAUCUACUGAUGAUAAAUCUGUAAAAGAGAAGAUAGAAGCAUCAAAGAAAAGGCUUCAAGAAGGGUACCAACGAGCUGAAAAGGCCAAGAAGCAACGCACAGUUCAAUUAAUUGAAUUGCAAGACGUACCAUCAUUCAAAUCUAUCAGGCCAACUCAGAUGCGAGCUUAAGGCAGAUAUCAAAGAUAGAAGAUGUUUUUGUUAAGGGCUGGGGAUGAAAUUCUCUCGUCCCUACCUGAGAAAGAUUUCUGAAGCUUUUGAAACCUGCAGAAGAUGUUUCAAAGGAGAGUUGCCACAAGUUCAAUCUGACAUUCUUGAAUAAUAGGAGGUUGAAUCUUUGUAUUUAGUUCAAUUCUUCACAUCACAUUUGAUGUUGUGUUAUUAUAUGUAAUCAAUUAUAGAUAAUGGCUAUGGUGAAGUCUCAAAAGCAAGCUAUUCAAAAUGGUUUGUAUUUUGAAUGGAUGACAUUAAAUUCUGAGAUCCAGACUUCAUUGA